AUGAAGUUCAACUUAUUAUUCUUCGUCACAGCGGCGCUUGGCCAGAACUUAUUCGGAGGAGGUGCUCCAGCUGAACAGCAGGCCCCACCAGAGCAAGGAAAUGCAUUCGAUUUCAACUCAAUGUUCGCAAACUUGUUUGGAGGCGGAGGAGAUAUUUUCUCCAUGUUUGGUGGACCUGGUGCUGGAGGACCAGCCCACUACAACAACCAGUACGACUACUACUACAACAACAACUACAACAACAACUACGACUACAACGACGACAACAACUACUACCACAACUACAACUACAACUACAACAACUACUACGACGACAACAACUACAACCACAACUACCACUACCACAACAACGACAACGACGACAACUACUACUACCACAACUACUACCACAACGACGACUACAACUACAACAACGACUACAACUACAACAACGACUACAACGACAACUACCACGACGACAACAACAACUACUACAACAACUACAACCACAACUACAACAACGACUACGAGUACAACGACCACGACGACAACAACAACUACUACAACAACAACGACUACGACUACAACUACCACGACGACAACAACUACUACCACAACUACUACCACAACUACUACUACAACUACUACCACAACGACGACUACAACUACAACUACGACUACAACGACAACUACAACGACGACAACAACAACUACAACCACAACGACUACGACUACAACUACCACGACAACAACAACUACCACCACAACUACUACAACAACUACUACCACAACGACGACUACAACUACAACUACGACUACAACCACAACUACGACAACGACUACAACUACCACGACCACAACAACUACUACUACAACUACCACGACUACCACAACUACUACGACCACAACUCAACCUCCUCCACCACCACCUGCAGCACCAGCUGCCGGAGCUGA